CCACAGCUUAGGUCUCCUAGCAAAACUUUUCAAGCACCACAAAGAUUACCAUAUGGUUACAUUCUACUUUUCUCUAAGUGAACGCCUACAAUGAAUAUACAUAUAAAAAGAAAUCAGGCUCCCCAAUAACAUCACAUGAUCAAAAGCUUUAAGUAUUACAUGUGAAAACAAAUUACUCCCCAAAACCCACAUACAUUUGUAAAUAAGCAACUUGCUAUAGACUAGCAAACUGGAAGAAAGAAAGGUAAUCUUCUCAGCUAGUUUCUCUUACUGGCAAGCUGUAAAUUGCAGUUAUAAAGAAGGGAUCAAUGAUUUUAUUAUUUACCUUAAAAGAUAUCUUAUAAAACUAUUAAAAGAGUCACAAAUCUAAACUAUUAUAUAAAAAUAGUCAUUUAUAAUUUAAAUCAUCCGAGUGCACAUCCACGCACUAAUGAUGGCUGAGGUGGGCAGGGAAGAAGUGGCAGAAGCGAAAGUUUCUGCUUCUGAGACAGUGGGAGAAGUCCUGCCACAGUCAACCAGUCUGGCACCCACAAAGGUGCAUCAGCAUCCAGUGGAAACACAGCAAAGAUUCUCCUGGAAUAAAGCAUCUGGUCCUUUCCAGUGUCUGCAGUUUCUGCUGCCAUGGAAACCAUGCAAGGAAUGGAACAGACUGUUGUCCCUGGAGGUGCUCAGCCCUCGGAGGACUCUGUUGUAAGGUCUCAACUGUGGAAGAAGAGCACAGAGAAAUUCUUGAAGGGGGAACCCAAAGUCCUCGGGGUUGUACAAGUUAUGAUUGCUCUUAUAAACCUCAGCUUAGGAAUAAUAAUGAUAAGUAUACCAUUAGUUCAUCAACCAGCCAUUUCACUGGUCUUAGGAGUCCCAGCUUGGGGGCCACUGAUGUUCAUACUCUCAGGAUCCUUGUCAAUUGCAGCAGGAGUAAGAACUACAAAAAAGCUGGUUACCAGCAGUCUAGUUUUGAACACCAUCAGCUCUGUACUGGCUGCAACAGCAAGCAUAAUCGGUGUCAUCAGUGUGAUGUUGGGGUUGCGUGGUCCCUUUCGCAGAAAUGAAAUUGAACAGGGUAUGGAUUACUUGAUGCUCUUUUUAAAUAUGCUAGAAUUCUGCAUUGCUGUGUCUGUCUCGGCCUUUGGAUGUAAAGUAUCCUGUUGUAACAUCAGUGAGGUUCUUGUAGUUCGAUAUUCAGUUCCUGCUGUGACCACAGUGGCAUCCCCCAUGCUGCCUCAACCAUCAUCACCACCAGAAUACCAAGGGGGAAAUGUUUCAGAAAACCUAUACAAGGACACCACAGGAGGAGUCUAAUUUUGAUGUGUGUGUGUGUGUGUGUGUGUGUGUGUGUGUGUGUGUGUAAUUUCAGAGUCAUGUUCUCAUUGUUUUUUUUCCCUAGGCAAUUAACACUUCAUUGCACAGGCUUUUGAUGAGAAUAUCAGACACACUAUUAAUAGAUAAAUCAAGCAUUUCCUAGAUCUAUAACUCCUUAACAUCUCCCAUUCAUUGUAUAAACAAGGAUAUUGAAUUGGUAAAGAAAUUUUAAUGCAAACUUAAAAAACAUUAGCUAAUGAAAUGUAGUCUCCAAAGAGUGAAGACUGAAGUUCAUUUUAUUUUUGUACUUUUGUUCAAUGAGUAGAUUUAUCUUCUUAUGAUCAUGUGUAGACACAUAAAUAAAUUACUAACUAUAGUAACCAAUUUUAAUCUCUAUGUACAUUACAUAAUAACAAAGUGUAUACUUUAAUUGGUAUGGUGAAAAUUACAAUAAAGAUAAGUAAUUGAAAUCUGAAUUCCUGAUCUCUAAAUACACACACACAUACUAUAUACGACAUAUAUAUGC